AUGAUUCCAGAGCCCAGUAUCCAAGUGAGCAAUGACAAAUUUGUAAAUUGUGAGAACCCAAAAACUAUGCUUCAGUGUUGUGUUCAGAAGAGCUAUGAAGUGAAAUGGAGCAUUGACCCUGCAGCUUGCAUCCAACCUUCAGAAGUUCCACCAACAGGCUGCAUAGUAUGUGACUAUAAAAUAAACACACAGGAAUGUCAGAGUAACAAGAAUAUAUCAGUCACAUGUCAACUUAUUAAAAGUGAUUACAAGGCACAGAAAAUCACAAUAAAUAUACUUAAUGGAAAAUCGAAGUGUUCUGAUGCUGUAUUUGGACCCGGGAAUGUGGAAGACGUACAUGUUGGGGACUGUGAUGAAGGCAUGGUUGGUUAUCAAGAAGCUAAGUGUAACUCAACAGGACAGUGGCAAAUUACAUAUACCAACUGUGUCCUGCGAGUCAUUCAAAAUCUAAAAGAUCAAACUGGGCUCUUAACUAUCAUUGAACUCCCACAAUUUGUGGCUAAUCUCAGCAAUGCGACUGAAACAAAUGCUCGAAAUAUAACAUUGUCUUCAUCAACCAUAUUAACAAUUGCUGACAUUCUUAAAACCAUUGCCAAUAUCUCCCAAUCAUUGCGUGUCAAUGAAGUCAUUAUGACUGGUUUCCUAAAAACUGUGGAUGUCAUUGGGUCAGUAGAUGCACAGAAAGCAUGGAUUGAUUUAAAUAAAAACAGUACAACCAGUAAUGCCAGUUCUGAACUUCUGGCAUCCAUUGAAAGCAUCGCACGCAGCCUACCAGAUGAAGUCAUUAAGAUAAAAACCACCUCUGCUCAUCUUAAAAGAAAUAACAUCACUACUGCCCCAUUUUUUGAAGAAUUUGGUAAUAACUCAUCGACCCAUAUAAGCAUUCCAAUGAUUAGUCAACAGACUUUCAUAACCAUCAUAGUUUUUUCAGCACUUGACAAUGUCUUACCUGUUCGCACUGCGUACAAUGACAGUUCAGUUAACACCAGCAUCAAUGGAGACGUAGCUGUGAUUGAACCAAAGUCAUCAAUUAACAACAUAUCGUUUUCUUUUGCCAUCAAAAAUCAGACACUUGGAAACCCUCAGUGUGUCUUUUGGAACUUUAAUAUUCUGAAUGGUAGUGGUGGAUGGGACUGGACUGGAUGUCAGUUAAAGCUAUUAGGGAAUGAACCUGAAAGAUACACAUGUGAGUGCAAUCACACCACCUCUUUUUCAAUCCUGAUGUCACCAUUUACGCUGGAUAAAGUCCAAGCCAUAAUCUUAGACUAUAUAACCUACAUUGGUGUUGGCAUUUCAAUGGCUAGCUUGGUUUUGUGCCUCAUCAUUGAAAUCAUCAUAUGGAAAUCAGUGACACGAAAUGACACAUCCUACAUGCGCCAUGUCUCCAUAGUCAACAUCGCUGUCUCCCUCCUGAUUGCGAACAUUUGCUUCAUCAUUGGAGCAGCUGUUGUUAAACUAGAAGGUCCCUGCAGUACAGCGACGUUCUUCAUGCACUUCUUUUACCUUGCCCUUUUCUUCUGGAUGUUGUUGUCAGCACUUUUGCUCCUCUACCGCACCCUCAUGGUCUUUUCCAGAAUGACCAGAGGAGCAAUGAUGGCCAUAGGCUUCACUGUUGGCUAUGGAGCCCCGUUAAUCAUAGCUGUCGUUACUGUGGCAUCUACAGCUGGAGGCAAAGGAUACAUUCAACAAGGUUACAAUUGUUGGCUGAACUGGAAUAAAACAAAGGCUCUCCUGGCAUUUGUGAUUCCUGCUCUGACGAUUGUAGCUAUAAACCUCCUGGUGCUUAUUGUGGUUCUGUUUAAGAUGUUGAUGAGAGGAGUUAAUGCUUCUGUUCAGCCAGAUGAGAAACAUCCCCUAGCUGUCAUUGCUAGAUGUGUGGCGAUUUUAACACCUAUCUUUGGUCUAACGUGGGGAUUCGGCAUUGGGACCUUGGUGUCACCAAACUUUGGGAUUCACAUAGUUUUUGCAUUCCUUAAUUCACUGCAGGGUUUCUUCAUUUUGCUGUUUGGAACAUUACUGGACAGUAAAGUCCGAGAAGCACUGACAGGAAGGUUGGCUCUGAGGAACGUAAGCUCUAACCACACCAGGAGCACAAGUGCAGGAUCAGCACUCUCAAACAGUCUUAUUUUCAUUCAGGGGUUAUGGCGCAGAGAUGUGUACCGCGUAUCCGAAGCUGGCAUCUUUCCGACGUCUUCAAGUAACUCCUAUAAAGCUGUUUAGCUUAGUUAUCUAACAAACGUUUCAUCCGUAUAUAUAUUUAAAGAACUUCUUUAACACUAAUUAUAUAGUGAGCGAAGUCUUUAUUUUUCUUGGCAACCCCAACGCUAAUGAAACGAAUUUAACUACACUUUGUCGAUCAUUCACAACAAUAUUAUGAUGACGUAUUUUUUUCAAAGAGAAACGUGAAAAACGGUCCUUACUCGUGGUAUUGUACAUUUUCAAUAAAGAAUUCUUAAUAACUAUCUACUUAUGCAUUUCUGAGCCAUGGUCUGAGCAUGUGUGAACAAUUUUGUUCGUAUUUUGGAUGUGUUUAUUUUUCAGGUUAUGAAUCCUUGCUAGAUACUUUACAUUGUUGUAUCAUCAACCGCUAAGAUGUUCCACAUGAUCGUGUCUGCUAAAGAACUUGAUGUAAAUGACAGCUCGCACCUUAACACUUUUUCUUUUAAUAAUGAAACCAUGCAUAUUUACCUGCUAUUGAUACCCCAUCCAAUAUUUUGUCUUUGCAUUUUUUUUUCCGUUUGUACCUGUUUUGUGGUUUCAGCAUUAAAUGUCUCUCGUGUCACAUUUUUUUUAUUCCACACAAAUGUCUGUAUCUUCAAAGUAAAUGUUAAUAUCAAACCCAUUUCUGCUGUCUGUGAGUGCUUGUUC